AUGGGUUCCACCUUUAGCAUGGAAGAAGCUCAGAAUAAAACUGUCAUUAGAUCCGAGGCAGAAACUGCACAGAUGGUUAUAUUCUAUGCGGAUCGAGUACACGUGUUCAAUAAUUUUUCGGUGGGAAAGGCCAAUGAGAUUAUGAUGGUAGCCACUGGUCAGAAGAACCCCACCAAUGCCUUUCCGCCAUCUUAUAUGGUGCCAAGUCCAGCUGAAUCCACCACCAAUGACCCUGGGUUUGACCGCCUUCACUACCAUCCUCAGGCACCCCUUGGUUCUGAUUUACCAAUGGCAAGGAAAAAUUCGCUAGCCUGGUUCCUGGAGAAGAGGAAAAAUCGGAUUAAUGCAGCAAAAUGUCCAUAUCAAGCAACCAACCGGACGGCGGUGAAAGGCUCGGCUUGGCUGGGUUUGGGUCCUCGCUUUCCUUUUCAAGUUGAGAUUGAACACCGUUAG